GGACGCAUCUCGGCUCAAGGGACGGCAAACAAGGAAUAAAGCUCAUUGGGGAAAAUCUCACAUGAUUCACGUUAAGCCAAAAUCCCCCACCUUCCUUCUGAGGUACUUGUUUCCCCACGAGCUUCUCUUUGGGUAAUUUCUUAGCUCUCCGGAUGGGAGAUCAAAUUCCCAUUUCUGGGAAUACCAGUGUUUUGCCGCAUUUGGCAAUGUAAACAAAUUGUAUACGUUUUUAUCUUCAUGCCGGCUCAAUGUUCGAGACGAAUCUAAUCUUCGGGCGUCGUUUUCUCAACAUGCGACAGCCAGCAGAGCACCAAGUAAUCGUCUCUCAAUAUCCAAAGCCCACCGAAAGCUCUGGCAAUAACUUCUAGAUAGGAGGCAAUGAGGGCGCUGUCAAUUGUCACAUAAUCCACCCCUCCUUUCCAUAUUCUUCAAGCAGGAACGAUCAUUAUGCAGGACAGCAAAAUGUGGGGUAGUCAUAGUCACAUCCCGUCAGUGUGUCCGAUAACGCAACUUUCACGUCAGUGACAUAACAAAGACAAAUUUACUUCUUAACGUCUCGACACCUCAUGCUUUCUCGUUGCAACCUUAUUUUGAGAUCUAAUUUGACCUUUGUUCGUUCUUCAAGGUUCUUGACGAACAGCUUACUCGUUAAAAACAGGCACAGUUACCAUAAAAUGGCUUCAAUCAUGCAAGACGCAAAUCGCUUGAGGAGGGUGAUGGAGGAGGGCAAAGGACCGGCGACGGGCUGCUGGCAGAUGAUUCCAGGAGCCAACGUUUCGAGGACAUUGGCGAGGACGGGUGUUGAUUGGGUUUUGGUGGAUUGCGAGCAUGGGAAUAUAGAUGAUGCGGCAAUGCAUGAUGCAGUUCCAGCAAUUGCUGCGUGCGGGGUGAGCCCGAUAGUUAGAAUUCCAGAUAAUCAAGGAUGGAUGGUUAAGCGGGCUUUGGACUGUGGUGCGCAUGGUGUGCUUGUACCUCUCCUAUACACGGCCGAGGGAGCUGAACAGCUCGUGAAGAGUGCCAAGUUUCCGCCUCAAGGUCAAAGAGGUUUUGGAUCGCCUUUCCCUCAUGAACGCUUCAACUCUGAAUUGAACUCUGAUGCAUAUCUGAAGCAAGCCAAUGAGAGUAUUCUAACUAUGGUACAAAUCGAAACCAAGGAAGCAUUGGAAAAUGUCGAUGCCAUUGCUGCUGUUCCUGGUAUUGAUGUUCUUUUCAUUGGUCCUUUCGAUCUUGGCAAUAACAUUGGCCAUCCCAUCGUUGCGGGACAAAUGCACGAGAAUCUUCAUGCUGCAAUUGCAAAGAUCUUGAAGGCGGCAAACACAGCUGGAAAAAAGGCCGGUAUCUUUUGUACAAGUGGAGAACAGGGGAGAUGGUACGCAGAUCAGGGGUUUCACAUGAUGAGUGUUGCAACAGAUAUGCAUAUUUUACCACAGGGCGUAAUCGCUGCCGUGAACAAGGCAAAAGGUCAAGAAGAGGGUCCCAAACUGACUGGUCCAUACGGCAGAUAGAUCAAUGAUUGGUGUACAUAUACUUAUUCA